GAACACCAAAGAAGAAGGACGCGCUGCGGUUGACCGUUUUCCGGGUUGUUCCUGACUGAUAAAGUGUAGUUGGGUUGUUGAACAGGACGUUCUCGUUCAGGAUGCUGCUGGUUUUGUCUGAAGACCACAAGGAGCACCUCGCCUUCCUGCCGAAGGUCGACGCCGCAGUGGUUAGAGAGUUUGGACGCAUAGCGCUGGAGUUCCUAAGGAGAGGAACCAACCCCAAGAUCUACGAGGGAGCAGCCACUCUCUGAAGUGGAUUUCCUGGACUCUGUGUUGGUUUUGGGGUUUGGUGAAGAGCUCAAUCAGACCCUCUUGCAGCUCUACCUGGAGCACCACAGUCAGAUCCGCAGCAUCCUGAAUCAGUUGCCCUCCAAUCUGCCGACCUACCACAACCUGGAAUGGAGAUUGGAUGUACAGUUGGCGAGCCGUUCAGUCCGUCAGCAGGUCAUUCCCACGCUGACAAUGCGUCUACUAUUGACGAAAGGUUGUGACAGCCGCAGUGACCACAGCAGCAGGGUUCUCCAGACAGACCCCAGCACCCUCCUGCAUCUCAUUUCCACACUGGAGGCCGCUCUGGCUGCCAUCAAAACCAGCCACGCUCGUCGCAUUUUACGCAACAUCAAAUAAUCCCUCAGGUCAUUUUCUGUGUGAAGUUUGUCACCUGCAAAACAUCACAUUUACUGCCUUUACACAUGGAAAAUAUUAAGCAGUGCUGUACUCUUCUUUUGAUGUGGUCCUACAGGUCAUUGUUUAUUUCCCUUGACUAACGAUAAGUGCCAAAUGGUAUUUACUGUAUUGUAUGAGGCUUUCUACAGUGCUGCUGAUAUUGGUUUUUAAGUGCAAGUACACAAUUUUUUUUGUUAGUUAAAGGCACCAAUGACCCUGACUUCAAGGAGUACAGUACAUCCGUGUCAAUAUUUGACUGGAACAGAACCUGACAUACGUUGUAAUAUGAUGCUGAUGAGUGUUUAAGCUCAGCAGAAGAAUGACCGUAGUUGCUGUUUUCAGUGAAAGCCAUAUGAUGUUAAUUCAAUUCUUGUUGGUAUCCUGCAUAACAAUGCUUUUUAAGAGUUUAGAGUAUGCGGAACAGCAUGGGUUUAGAGGUAGAGCUGGUCACUGAUUAAUCAGAAGAUCUGCGGUUCAAUCCCACGCUUUCCCCAGCCUGCAUGUCAAAGUGUCCUUGGGCAAGAUUCCAAACUCCUUUCUUUCUGAUGAGUAGUGGGCACCUUACGUGGCAGCCUCUGCCCUCAGUGUGAGAAUGUGACAUGUAGUGUGAAGCACUUCAAGUGGUCAGAAAAUUAGAAAAGCACUAUACAAGUUGUGUUGGUUGCUCCUGAGCCCUGUUUUGCACAAAGCUUAGUGAAAACUUUGCACAGUAGAAAUAGGAAUACAAUUGUUUUCAUGCAUAGAAAAUGAUUUUUCAAAAUCCUCCUGAAUGCAUAUGCAGAUACUCCUUGUGAUUAUUAAAUAUAUUAACCCAA